UAUGAAAUAUUUCAUUUAAAACCAAAAAUAUUUUUGCGUAUAACUAUGUGUAUGAGAAAUGUUAUUUAUUUAGACUUAAGAAAAGGCAUAAAUGAAAGAUGGGAGUGUUGGGAGACGCUUUAUAACAGUAAAAAAGACUGCAGUCACAUUACGACACUCUAAGAUUGUUCCCGGGAUAGAUUUUACCAGCCAGAGACAUACAGAAGUAAAUGAUGGAAUAUUCGACGGUCUUGUUUGGUUUCGGUUUUGUCUUCGGAGUUUCCACCAUCGUGUUACGAUGUCCAGAUACAGCUAAUACUUCCUCAUCCGCCUCGCCUCCUCGCACCAGCAAAGUUGGUUCGUUUCACCUUUUGGGGAGCGAUUAUUGGCAACAGAACCGCAUGUUUUUGUGAACUUUGGACCAAUUUGUUGGCCCUACUUGUUAUUGUUUUAUUGCGGAAGAGCUGACGCGAGCGGGGCUGCCUCUCUGACAGCAGGGAAACGAAACUUUGAAGGCGAAAAGCGAUCAACCUCACUAUGUCCAGCUCUCAGACACCAGUUUAAGAACAAAUCAUGGAUGGUGAGAGAAGCGAUGGAGGAGGAGAGGCUGAGGUGGAGGAUGAAUUCGCAUGCCCAGGGGUUCUUCGGGGAUCUCUGACAGCCCUGCACGGUACUGUGGAGCGGAUAUUUGGUGUGACGUUUGGGAUCGGUGCGAAUGAUUCAUCACAGGGCAACGACGGGCAGAUAUGGCUGAAACUGCUGGGGCGAAGAGACAAUGUGACAGCUGCAAAAUUAUUUGUGAAAGGAGUUGUGAACCAGGAGGAACAGCAGGAGGUUUCCUACCCCGAGGUUCUUCACUGUGUCUUCUGUGGGGCCAAAGGGCUGUUCAUGGACUGCCUGAUUAAAAGCACUUCUGCACAGAUAAUGGUUGGCUCCCCAGGCUUCCUGCUCAUAUCAGGUCUUGCUGAGCCAGUGGUACGGGCCUACUCCCUCGUCAUGGAUCUGGUGGAGAGAUAUGAAGGCACUCAGUCCAGACGCUCUGAGACUGGUGAUCGAGGCCCCGGCGAGUCUUUAGACUCACGCCGAGCUUUUAAAAUCCUUGUAGAGCAAUGGGAAGAUAGGCACAUCCUGGAUCUUUUGGUCCUACCGGGGUCAGUGAAGGAAAUUCUGCUGGAUUUGGUGAAAGACUCUGGGCUUGGAUCUAACUCCAGUUUAGCAGGUAGAGAUGGAUAUGCAAGGGCAGGAUCAGUUGGGGAUUCUGAGAGUACAUGGGACAGAACUUCUGGUCGGUGGGUUGAAGGAACUACUGCACGUUUGUGGAAAGACUCAGCAUCCAGGAACUCCCACCUCCAGCCUGAAGGCACUCGUGGUAGGGCAGAAGGUGCUGAGGAGAGACUCACACAUUCUCCACAAGAAGUUGGAGAAGAAGAGGGGCUGGAGCAGGUGGCAGUUGUAGGAAACAAGGUGAAAGAGGUACUUAGGGAAGAGGAAGGAGCAAAGAUACAGUUGACAGCAGAAAAUAAAGAGUUCUGGCUUCUUUUGAAGUUCUUCACAGCCAUGGGAUACACUGAGGAUGUUGUGAAACAAGUCCUUGCACAAACAGGACCCAAAGAAGCCUCACAGAUACUGGAUUUGGUGCAACAAGAACAGGAUCGCAGUGACCGGGAGAAGAUGAUUCAGCAUGGCCAAGUCAUCAAAGAUCAAAACAAUGUUAUGCUGAAUGUCAGGGAGGGGAACCGGCCUUGUGAGACCGAGCACAGAGAAGAUGAAGAACUGGCAGCAGUAGGGGAUAAUUCAGUUGGUAGCACUGAAAAGGCAGAAGGUAUUCACAGUGAAGACAGGAAUGGAACAAUGGAAGAAACAGGACUCCUUGAUGGAGUGGCUAGUGCAGAAGAAAAAGAGGAUUCGGAAGAAGACUUUGUCCUGGGAGUAUUGAAGAAAGCAGCAGCUAGUUGUGGAUACAUGGAGCAGAAUGUAGCCAAACUCUACAACAUGUUGCCUGAAGGAUCGACCCACCAGCUGCUCCUGGAGCUUCAGAGGGAGGAGACCAGAGAACUGGCAGCUCUACGUGAAGGACCAAGAGAAAUGGAUGAUGUGGUGCCAGAGAAAGACGUCCCAAACGUUCGACCAGCAGAGGACAAAGCACUUGAACAAAAUAGGCUGUUCAAACCUGAAAAGACUGAUUCUGAUGAAAGAGGAUGGGUUGAUUUGCCGAAUCCUAAUGUUGGAGGGCAAGAUUUCUUGACUUGGCAGCCCCUCCCCAAUCAAUACAGCUCGCAACCAAAGCAGCACCAGCCUCCACAGUCACAAACUCCUCACCAGAUCAUCCUGCCUGACGUCAAAGGGCCGCCCAUGUCUACUUACUCUUCUUCAUCAUUAGGUCCACCACUUGCCAAUUUCCAAACCAACAAACAACAUGGCCAAGCCAACUACAGACCCAAUCCCUACACACCUAAACAGAACCAUCCCAACCAUGACAACACCUUUAACCCAAAGCCCCAAUUUUCUACGUCUUUCAAACGAGGGCAUCAAGCACAUCAGCCCCCUACUUUCACAAGAACUGACUCUUUCCCAAACAGAGUGAAAGAAAGACAGGGCAUCAUGGCUCCUUCCUCAGUGGUUGUGACAGGGGAGCAGCGUUUCCUGGAAGGGCUGCAGACAAGCUUCAACCUUAAGUUAACAGACAAACCUGGAGAUCCAAAGCUGAGGACCAUCAUCAUUGAUGGGAGUAAUGUGGCUAUGAGUCAUGGACUUGGUAUUUUCUUCUCCUGCCGGGGGAUCGCUUUGGCCGUACAGCACUUUUGGGACCGAGGCCAUCGACACAUCAGCGCCCUCCUACCCCAGUGGAGACAAAAGAGUGACCCCAGGGUCAAAGAGAAGCACUAUCUCACUGAGCUGCAGAAUCUUGGGUUGGUCUCCUACACACCCUCCAGAGAGGUCCAAGGCAAGAGGAUCAGCUCGUAUGAUGACAGGUUUAUGCUGCAGCUUGCACAGAAGACAGACGGAGUCAUCGUAACAAACGACAACCUGAGAGACCUCUCAGAUGAGACCCCUGUGUGGAGAGACAUCAUCAAGAAGAGACUUCUUCAGUACACAUUUGUUGGGGAUCACUUCAUGGUGCCGGACGACCCUUUGGGCAGAGGAGGGCCUCACCUCGAUGACUUCCUACGCUCAGACCACAGGACUCCUAACCCAGGAAACCACUCCUUUGCCGGCUUAGCCACGGCUUUCCCUUCCUCCAGACCUCGACCAUCCCAAACAGAGGUCCUGAACUUCCGUGACCGAACACUAGGGGGAGCUAUGGAUGUGACACAGGGAGGGAAUCGGGGUAGAGGGAGAGGAAGAGGACAGCCUGGAGCUCCAAGCCCUGAACUGGUUUACAGAGCAGACAGGAGUCUAGAGGAGACAGCCAGCCUGAGAGAGCAGCUCUGUCAGGUUUUUGUGGGUCAGGACAGCAUGGUGGCGCUAGUGCUGCAGAGCCACCCGACAGAGACAGACAUCAACGUGCUGUCAGAGCUGAUCUUACAGCAGCAGAUGGACUAGACAUCUUUUUAGUCUUAAUGUUUUUAUUGAAGUGAAAUCUGACUUUUUUGUGCUGAAUUUUCAACCACUUUAAGUGACCUAUCAAUGCAGCUUCAACAAAUAACACUUAACAUUGGUGCGCUACGCUCAGACAUCACUGUUUAUUUCCUUUUUAGUGAUAAUUCUGCACACUGACAACAGUUGAAUAUUUGAAGAAAGACAUAAUUUGAAAGUAUUUUUUUAAAUUAGAUUUACCUAUCCUUUGAUGCUACUGUGGAUAAAGUCGGCCUUUUGUGGAUUUUUAAAACUUGAGCUUUAAGAAUCUUCAACAUGGACUGGACUUGUUUUCCUUUUAUCAGCUGACCAGAUAUUGUACAUUAAACAGUUUGGUAAUUAUGUUUACAUGUUGAUAAAGACCAAGUAAUCUUGCCUCCUUCUUUACCCUAAUAACUCAGAAUUUACAUGGCAGCUCUAGUCUACAACCAAAAGUCCAAAAAAGUUGGCACGCUGUGUAAAAUGUGAAGAAAAACUGAGUACAAUGAUUUGCAAAUGUAAUAAAUCCACUUUUUAUUCACAAAUGAACAUAAAGAAAGUAUCUGAUGAUGAAAGUGAGACAUUUUACCAUUCCAUUAAAAUAUCAGCUUUUUGAAUUUGAUGACAAUACAUUUCAAAGUAGGGACAGGGCCAUAUUUAACAUUACAUUCCCUGCUGGUGUUUUUGGAGAGGAAUGUUGUCCCAUUCUUCUCUGAUGUAGAAUUCUAGCUGCUCAACAGUCCUUUGCCAAAUUUGUACUUUUAUGAUGCUCCAAAUGUUUUCUAUUGGUGAAGGUUCUCGACUGCAAGUAAGCCAGUUCAGCAACCAUACUCUAUUAUUGUGAAGCCACAUUGUUGUGAUGGAUGUGGUAUGUGGUUUAGGAUUUUCUUGCAGUAAUCGUCAAGGCCUUCCCUGAAAGAGACAUUGUCUGGAUGGGUGCAUAUGUUGCACCAAAAAAUUUUACAUACACGUUUCAGCAUUGAUAGCGCCUUUCGAGAUGUGUAAGCUGCCCACGUCAUAGGCAUUAAUGCACCCCCAUACCAUGACAGAUGCAGGCUUUUGAACUGUGAGCUUAUAACAAGCUGGAUGGUCCCUCUACACUUUAGUUCGAAGGACACCUUGUUCGUGGUUUCUGAAAAGAAUUUCAAGUUUCAAUUCAUCUGAUCACAGAACAGUUUUCCAUUUUGAGUUUUGUCCCAGGGAAGAUGGCAGCGUUUCUGGAUUGUGUUCACAUAUGGCUUCUUCUUUGCAUGAAAAAGCUCUAACUUGUAUUCGUGCAUGGUACGGUAAACUGUGUUGACAGACAAGGAUUUCUUGAAGCGUUCCUGAGCCAGUGCAAUAAUUUCCAGUACAGAAUCAUGCCUGUUUUUAAUGCUGUUCCACCUAAGGGCCAGAAGAUAAUGAGCAUCCAGUAUUGACCUUUGGCCUCGUGUCUUGCUCACAGAAAUGUCUCCAGAUUGUAUUAACCUUUUGAUGGUAUUUUGUUCUGUAGAUGGUGGGAUAUUCAAAGUUUACAUUGAGGAACACUUUUCUGAAAUUGCUCCACAAUUUUUAGAACCAGUUAUUCACAGAUUGAUUAACCUCAGCCCAGCUUUACUUUGGAGAGACUCCUUUUGUACCCAGUCAUGUUACUGACCUGUUGCCAAUAUCACCUAUACUUUUUCAGUCUGUUGUUGCCCCCUUCCAGCUUUUUGAGAUAUGUUGCUGCCAUGAAAUUCAAAAUGAGCUAAUAUUUUUCAAGAAAUGGUGAAAUGUCAACAUCUCAUAUGUUGUUUAUGUUUAUGUGUUUAUGUUAAUAAAAUAUGGGUUUAUGAGAUUUGGAAAUCAAUGCAUUCCUUUAUGUGUUGAAAAUUUACAUGGUGCCCCAAUUUUUUUGGACUUUGGGAUGCAAGAAUCAGGAAAAAUCAUUUGUACAAUUUUGUGGAAUAAUAGCCUUUUGAGUUAAAUAACACAUAGUGACCAAGACGAGAGCUAGUGUGAACAUUUAACCACAUCUUAGCUAAAUAAACUGACAUAUUUUGACACAAUAACAUUCAAAAAGAGGAUUUUUCCUCACUAAAACGAUGUAAGAUAGUUAGUAAACAGUAAUGUUGGCUAGGAAUGAUACCCAGAUCUUUGAUUUAAGACAUAUUAUCUGCCAAACUUCCCUAACAUUCCCAUUAAUCUCCACUGUAAUUUGUUUUCAUGCUAAAUAGCAAUAUUAGCAUGCUAACAGAUUAAACUAAGAUAGCAUGAUAAACGUACCUGCUAAAGAACAAGCUAGCACUCUCAGUUCUUAUGUUAGCCGUUUUUAGCGUUUAGCUCAAGCAGUGACAAAUUUUCUAGCUUAUCUUUAAUUUGCUAGCGUGUUAACCUUUUUCUCACUUCUUUUAACUUGAGUAAAGACGUGCUUUAAGAUACCAUUUAAACAAUCUUCUGUGUUUAAAAUUAUUUAUCAUAUUUUUCAUCAUGCAGCAGUGCUAAUUAGCUUGGACUUGACUGUUUACAACAUCAGCACACAGGCUCAUGUUGUGUUGUCCUUUGAGUAAAUACAGUAACAUCCAACAAAAUAGCAUAAAUGGGCCAUUGUUACACUAAAGCAAUAUAAGAAAGUCGUUUUUCCUGUUAUAGAUAAUUUUGCUUUAAUUACAAGUUGUAUAGCUUUCUGAAAUAAAUGAAUAAGAGAUAAAUAGGAUGGUUGGGUAAUAACUAAGAUGGUUUGGUUGUUUUUCUACCACCAGCUGUUGGCAGAAGUAUCAUGUUGCCUCAGAAUACCAGUCCUUACAAUAUCUUCUUCUUCUCUAGGUUAAUGGGUCCUUACAAUAUGUUUUAGCUUUGUGUUUUUAAUUUAUUUUACUGCAUCUGACCAGACAUUAGCUGUGAGCUGAAGAACUUAAGUUGGGAUCCUUGCCAAUCCAGAGUAAUUUAAUUAUGAAUAUUGUUCACAAAUUGUGACAUUUAUUUUUCUUAUUUGCAUUGUUUUUAUCUGUACAUUUUAAGCUUAAUAUAGAGCUCACUGUAUGUGUCUGCAUUAAAAUAUUUCUUG